AUGUUUGUCUUCAAGAAAUUCAGAUUAAGGACAAUAAAAUAUUUUCACUGCUGCUCUUACAAGGAGUAAGAUAGAUUCUUCAUGAUUAACUAAGAAUACCAAUAAUAAUUUUCUUAGGAGAGUAUCAGAUACACUCAAAAAUUUAAUGAGGUUUUGUUUGUGAUUGGAAACGAUAAUGAAAUGGAUGUGCUUUCAAAGGGCAAAGGCUAAAAAUAACAGUUUGUCAAUAACUAGAUCACAGCUAUAGAUUUUGAUAGCUAGGAGCUCAUUGGUAAAAUUUAGUUUAAACAUGAAAUUUCCAAGAUGGAGAUCAAAUCUUAGUUCUUAAUUGUUGCCUUCGUUCAUAAAAUUAUAGUGUGCGAUGUAUACACUUUAAAACAUCUAUUGAAGAUCUCAACAGAAGAGCGAGCUCAAUUUGAUUCAAAUAUAGAAACUGAUUUUGAUUAGAAUUAGCAAUAGUGA